UCAUAGAAAAGUUGGAUUAGGAAUGAUAAGCAUGUUUUUUCAAAAUUUUAAUGUGUUGAAGCAUCCCCCCUUCUAUCAUUUUAUGUAUAUAUACAAUCUGAACAAUAUAAUUUUAGUUAAAAAACUAUAUCUAUUUUGAGAAGCGUAUCUAUAGAUCAAAAACAACAUGUUUUCAACUAUGUUUAAAAAUGUAUUGUUUCUAACAAUUUUAGUGCUAAUUGCUAUUCCGAAAUCUCAGGCAAAUGAUUACAAUAAGUGUCCACAAACUAGUCACCAACGGACUUUAGUUUACGAUAAUACAUUAACAGGAAGAGUUAUACAUGUUCGUAUUCCAGGAAGCGGUUUCUUCAAUGCUCCAAUCACCUGUCUUCAGGUUCUCGAUAUGGCUGAAAGUUUUAGUGACCCUGAAAUAGAAGAAGGAGGAUAUGGAAAGGAGUACGUAGUUUUACGUAUUGAUUCUGUUCAAGCAGGAGAAGAGCUAGAGUACCAUGUUCAAAUAUAUGUUGAUGAAUAAAGAAAAUAAGAAUUAAUAAACAGUUUAUCUACAAUUUU